AUGAACAUAAACGAUAAGGUGGUUGCGGAACUCGUACAGACGUGUAUCAGUGUUUCACUCAAUCAGUACAAAGACGUAUACAACAAACAAAUUCAUCCCAUCUUGAUGGCUCAGCCUGGCAUGAUUGCAGCCAUGGCCGGUGUAAUCACUUCGGUGAGUGGCCAAGACUCAACACAGAAAGAGGACGGCGCUACUGUACUUUCACUGGUCAUUUGGGAAAAUGUGCAUUCGCACAUUGAUUUUGUUACGGGCCCAGCAGCAGGUCCCUUUUUUGAUGCGGCGUUGCCAUUAAUGCGCGAAACACCGUCUGUUGAGCAUUAUGAGGUGGAUGGCCUGCAGCCGGCCGCUUUCAACAGCAUCUAUGCUCAGAUUUUAAAAGCUUCUUCUGCCAGCGACAAAGAAUUUCUAGCAAGUAUAUUUAAGAGGCACGCAACUAUCGAAGGAUCAGAAAUGGCACUAUUUAGCGAUUGCACGGAGGAUUCGUCAAAGAAGGCUUUGAUACUAUUUGGCAACUCCGAGCAAUUUGAAGCUGCAGGGGACAUCAUGGAUAGAGGGACGAGAAUCGAGCGAUAUAAUAUUGAGUGGCAUUCAAGAGGAACAAAAAGUUAUCAUUAA